AUGGCAACCGCCGUGCGAGAAAGCUAUUUCCCAGCAAUAAAGUGCUCAAUGUGUAAUGCAGACGUUGAAAUUACACAGCUAGGCGACCAUGUAUGUGCUGGUGCAGGUUCAGUUCAAGAGGCGCCAAAAUCGCCAAAACCUAGCAUUUUCCCGUUAUUCAAAGGAAAAUCAACGAAAAUUACGCAAGCGCAAAAGCUUGCUAGUCUCCCCAAGAUUGAUCCUGUCACAGCAAAUCAAACUUACCAAGGACGCGACACACUUACACCUUCAAGCAGUACUACUGGAUCAGCACGAUCCCCGCCUACACCCAAAGAUGGCCAGCCUUUACGAACACCCAUUCACGGUAGCCCCUCUCUGUCACCUAAUCCUCAACGAUCUUACACUGCAAGGAAGGGCUCGUCGGCGUCGUCGUCAAUUUACAACAUAGAUAGCCCGUUUCCUCCAUUCAAGUCAUCGAUUUCGCCUAUGAGCCCACAUGCACAACCAAGAAUCAGCGCAGACAGGGAGUUUUACCCCAGUCAAGUUCCAGCGUCGCCGAUAGCUAUCAAUAACAGGACUGUAUCUUCAAGGAUUAACAACAUUGCGCCAGGGCCAUUUGGCGUUAACCAUAGCAAUACUAGUAGAGAUCGGGUUCAUGAUGUUCUACCAGUCGCUGCAUCAAGUUUCCCAGAAAGGGGGUCUUCUAAGGCUGCAAGGGCGAACAUCGAAGCGUUCCCAAUGUACCCUGAGAUGGAGGACGAAAGAAUGAAACGGAGGGACCAGAUUGAGAGGGGUGAAUAUUCGGCAUCUCGACGAGAGGGAAGAGACAGGGAUAGGGGAAGGGAGCAAGAUUACGAUGUUCCUCGGCGAAUGCCCACCUCUGGUUCUGACCAUUCAAGCAGGGCUAGCAGCAAGGCAAGGAGAUCUCAAUCCCCGGGAUCUAGACAACCGCCAAAGGAACGAAACGCGCCACCUAUCCCAAUCCCGUCACUUGGGUUCGGAAAGCGGGGAGGGAAAAUUUCAGAUGGGCAGGAUGCGUCUUCUAGCAACCCAUCAAGGUACUCAGACACAGGCCCUAGCAACCCCAAGGUUGAGGUACUACGGCCGGAGACCCGCGCAAACACUUUCCCAGAGGUGGGCCAUAAGCGAACACCUAGCAGCGGUAGGGUUCCGCCCCAUCCAGGUAUAGGAUUACCAAGAUCCCCAGCUGUGACAGUUGGCGGGCACAAAAAGAACAAUUCUUCAUCGAAUUUAUCGAAGGUUCCGCCUACUGGUCCAUUGCCGAAGAUACCAGAUGAACCUGCCGGUAAACGAGAGUCCCGUCCACGAAGACAGCCGUCACUAGGAUCAAACAAACUGGGAGCAGACGUGCCCAGGAGUGCUCUAACUGAUGAAGCAGUCUCUCUCCCAUCGUCGCGGAGACUCUCUCCACCCAACCCACAUGAAUAUUCGGAUUUUUCGAUAGCAAACCCAUAUGAGCUUGAUACGCCAGCAGAAUCUUCAAACGUCCCAAGCCCUUCAAUGUCCAGCAACGCCUCUUCAAUAUUCUCCCAUCGCUCAGAGCGCUCAUCGGCUUCUGCGACAUCCAGCCCACCAACGCCUGAUGUUAACAAUGCUUUGAGAUCCAGUGGCCCCAGACAUGAGAAGGAAAGGAGAGCGCCUGCAAAUACCAUCAGGAUAGGGGGUGGUGGAUUUAACGAUAUUGAUGGACUUAUGAAGGAGUUGCAAAUUUCAAUGCACGAUCUAGCACCUACUCCUGUGCAGGAGCGAUUUGAGGAGCGACUUGAGGAGCGAUCUCUUCCAGUUCCCCGCGAAAAGGUUAGGGCAUCGUCCCGUGAUCGUCAGGGUUCUCCCCCACAGCCUGCACCCUUAAAGCGCCAACCACCUCCGCCGGGAGUUUACCAAGAGCCACCGGCUAGGCCGAGUCGGGAACCGUCGCAGACACGCCCUUUGAAUAUUCAAAGAAACCGUACACCUCCACCGCCUGCGCCUCGACCGGUAGAUGAAUUGUUUAUGGACGUGCGGUCCAAGCCGCAGCAGCAGCAGGAGAGAUCACGCCGUCCGGCAGUAUCAAAGGGCCCUUGCCGGGGUUGUGGAGAGGAGAUUUUUGGAAAGUCGAUUUCUUCGGCAGAUGGCCGACUUACAGGCCGCUACCAUAAGGCUUGUUUUGUCUGCCAAGAUUGCCGAAAGCCAUUUGAAUCGGCGGAAUUUUAUGUGCACGACAAUUUACCGUACUGCGAGCGCCAUUACCACCAGAGAAAUCAGUCACUUUGCCCCACCUGUGACACAGGUAUUGAGGGGCCUUGUUUAGAGACUGAGUGGCAUGAGAGAUACCAUCCCACAUGCUUCUCUUGCUCUGAAUGUGCAUGUUCUCUUGGCGGUGACUACUUUGAGUUUAAUGGAAGACCUUACUGCGAACAACACGCAUACCAAAUGCAGAAAGGCAACAACAGCCUUGGAAUAAACCACAUGGCUAAGAUGGAAAGACGAAAAACGAGGUUGACGUUUAUGUGA